UCUGAAGUGUUACUGUACACUCAAGAUGAGAGGGCUAAAAGACUGGGCUGGACUGUGUCCACUAAGGAUCUCUGCUAAUAAUAGUCAUUUGCAAAUCCUCUCAAGAACCGACAGGAACUUGCUCACACUCAGACGAGAUGUGUUUCCAAUACCUUGCUAACGUGUAGAAAAUGUAUGUGUCAGAGCAUGUGAAGCUAUAAAGGUGUAACUUGAUUUUGUAGUUUUGUAGUAAGGAAGAACCUUUUUUGAUGUCUUGUUUGAUCUUGUAGAACGUGGAAGUGCAUCGUUUCAAUGGCCUCCAAAGGACAUGGCGACACCGACUCAGGGCGGUUACCCCCAGCUUACUCCAAAGAGGUGCCGCCUGGUCACAAUGCUGUGUACCCAGUGCCCACCGUGGUGCCACCACCCCCAAGCUACCUGACACCUUCAGCCCCACCGGUUCAUAUGAUGAUGUCUGCCUCUCUCGGACCACUCAAUGCUGUCUACCCAGCUCCCACAAACCCUGGAUUCCCACCCCCUGGAUACGUGACCCCUUCUGCUCCUCCGAUGAUGCCUGCCCCUUUCGGACACCCUAAUGCUGUCUACCCCGCGCCCACGAACCCCGGAAUCCCGCCAGUACCCCCAGGCUACGUGCCCCCUCCGGUCCCUGCGAUGAUGCCUGCCCCUCCGCCUGAUCUCCGACCCACCGGCUGCCCCCCAGGACUGGAAUACCUGAUUCAUGUCGACCAGCUUCUCGUCCAUCAGACUUUUCAUCUGGCCGAACUGCUGGGUUGGGAGGUUAGAAAUUCCUACAAUGUGAAGAACAGCGUCGGGCAACAAGUGUUUCUGGCGGAAGAGGAGAACAACUGCUGCACCCUACAGUGCUUUGGCCCCAGCCGACCUUUCACCUUUCACAUCCAGGACAACCUGGGGCAGGAGGUGUUGACCCUGACGCGCCCUCUUGCGUGCAGCUACUGCUGCUUCCCCUGCUGCCUGCAAGACCUGGAGGUGCAGAGUCCCCCCGGUAUUCCCAUAGGGUAUGUGGUGCAGGAGUGUCACCCAUUCCUGCCCAAACUCACUGUGCUGAACGAGAGGAGGCAGCCUCAGCUGAGGAUCAAAGGGCCGCUGUUUUUCUGUAGUUGUUGCAGAGACGUCACAUUUGAGGUGAAGACUCUGGAUGACUCAAUGUUGAUAGGGCACAUCAGUAAGCAGUGGUCUGGCUUCCUGCGCGAAGUCUACACGGACUCAGAUCAUUUUGGAAUCGUGUUCCCAAUGGACCUGGAUGUGAAGAUGAAGGCUGUGCUGCUGGGAGCCUGCUUCCUGAUCGAUUUCCUGUAUUUUGAGGAAAGGAAAGGAGACAAGAAACAUUGAACUUUUACUCUGUGCCGACUAUGGAACCCACGGUUCCUUAGUGUAUUGUGAAGAACUUUCAGAAUCAUCACGCAUCAAAAUGACAUUAGACCUACAAAAAAGUUGCAUGUCAAAAUCAACAACUCCAAAUCCCUCUCAUUGUGUAUAUCUAACGGUCCUCUCCCCAGUAUUACUCUCCAUCUUAAACAACUUCCUACUUCUCAGCAUCAACAAAACAACUACAAGGCUACAAGGUCCCGGGGUUCAGUAACAACAAAACAACUCCAAGGCUAAAUAUUUUGGGGUUCAGUAACAACAAAAUGACUACAAACUACAAGGUCCCGGGGUUCAGCAUCAACAAAACAACUACAAGGCUCUAAGCUCCCGGGGUUCAGUAACAACAAAACAACUUGAAUGCUAAAUGGUUCGGGGUUCAGUAACAACAAAACGACAAGGACCAGGGGUUCCGUACCAAUAAGACAACUACAAGGUUACAAGGUCCCUGGCUUCAGUAUCAACAAAACAACUACAAAGUUACAAGGUCCCAUGGGUUCCAUAACAACAGAAGCAGGGCAAGCUUCAUCCUAACAGCCACCAUCCCAUUGAAUAGUGGGACAUAGGACACAAUUUACAUUACAUGGCCAGACAGUAGGCUAUACAUGUCACAGUGUGUUUACUUUGUAUUGUAUUCCAUUAUAUUAUAGUGUAUUGAAUUUGUGUCCUUUCUGUCCUAUAUACAGUACAAUUCCAAUGCAAAUGGACAAUACAACGUAUGUUGCAUCAUACAAGCUCAAUGCAACAUUGACAUAGCAACUAAAUGGUGGCUAGAAUCCAAC